AUGAGUCGGGUUUUGGCUACGGCUGAGAAGUUCAAGUCGGAAACCGGAUCAGGGGUGUUGGAUGAAUCCAAGUCUUUUGGGCUCAAGCAGCUGAAGGAAACUAUCCGCGCUAUCCUCGACGGCGCCAUUGCCCUUGACGAGGCCGAGCCCGAUGAGUCGCUCUUGAGGAACUAUCUGAAUGACACGACGUGGUCCGGUGAACUAUCCGGUACGACGCUGCUGACGGCCACGGCGUACCGCAUGGCGCAGCUCGAACCGCAUGAGUUUGGAUCUCGGUACGUGGACUGGGCAGAUGAGAAGAGGGAUGCUAUUCUUGAGAGGAUAGACGAGGAUGGUUUGUUGUCUCCGGUUAUCAAUCCGUUGAACUGGGGAGAUAGGACGCCAGGGACGGAGUCGCCUGAGGCGCAGAGUUUUGCCAUUUUGAUGUUUGCUGCGUAUCAGGACUACAACGAGGGGUGGUGA